UAUUUUUGGGUAGGUUGUGAAUAUAAGUAUAAAUAUGUGUAAAGGAAUUUGCCUAUGUUUAGUGUUUGUAAUCAGAAUUUGACAAAAAAACUUGCAAAAUAGUUUGACCAUGCCUCACUUCUACUCUCAGAUUAUCAGUUGUGCAUUAAUGAUUAACUGCUGAUCUUUUAAUUAUUAUUUAAGAAAAUAACUAAAUUAACCAAUGUUAGGUCAAAAUAAGCUGAGAUAUAUUGUGAAUUUAUCUUAUACAGUAAAAUAUGUAUUCAUUAAACGAUUUUUUCUUCAGCAACUUCAUCAACUGCAACAACAACAGCAGCAGCAGCAGCAGAGAUUACAACAAUUGUCUCAGCAACAAUCAGUCUCACAAAGUAAUGCUAAUCCACAGCUAAGGCAUUUAUUACAACAUCAAAUGCAACAAAUGCGACAACAACAGCAGCAACAACAGCUUUUAAUGCAACCAAAUAUUCGUUCCCAGCUGCAGUCAAAUGUUUCUCAAAUAGCCUUAUCAGCACCAGUUAGUCAACAACAACAAGCAUCUCAGCAGCAACAACAGCAGCAACAGCAGCAACAACAAACUUGGGAUGAUCCAAGUCUUCUUGACUUUUAAAAAGAUUUUUAUAAUAUUGUUAUAUUACUGUUUUAUAAAUAGUUAGUACUUGAAUUUGAUGCAGUAUCCUUGAACUGAGUAAAUCACAGAAGAAAUUUUUCAAUACAAUAUUUAUAAUUAUGAAUAUGGAAUAAACCAUAGUUUAAUUCUGAAUUUACAUGUAUAAUAUUGAACAGAUUAAUUUUUUUACACAAAUAUUCACUUUUUGAAAAUGUAAUAAAUUUAUUGAUUUAUAAAGAAACUA